CAGCUCUAGCGUUGGUGUUGCAGCCGUCGCUGCUCCGCUUCCCCUUCCCUUUUUCCUCGCCUCCUCUCCUCUUGUUCCUGUUCCUGUUCUUCUGUCUUGUCCUGCUUUGCACAUCCUUUAUCUUCUUCUCCUUCUUUGCCUCCGGCGACUUUCCCUACACCCACCCCUCCUCCUCCCUCCCUCCCAUGGCCCUUUUUUGUGGCCGUCCGCUCCUUACGAUCCACCCUCCCGACCUCAGUCCUGCAGGCACGCAUAAUUAAUAGCAACAGCAGCAGCAACAUCAACCAUCCACACCGUUCAAUUCCCCCUUCCACCCAUUUCGCUUAUAUUCUUCCGCCGCCUCCUGCAGCUUCUUGAUCUGGUUGUAUUAUUCCACCGGCUCAAGACUGAUCGUUUUCGUCGUCGUUACUAUACCUAAUAUAACCUCGCUGCCUGGUCUGCGGUCGGGGACUUCAAUGCUACCUUCGCGAGGGUAGAGGCCUCCAGACAGUUUCGGGCUUUCUGCUUUCCUUCGAAAGCCUCAUCGGUCUGGAGGUCCUGUGCGUCCAGCUCCCACGGAUUGCUGAGCAUUCCACGAUACACGCACGACAGUUUCUGGACACGUUCACAGACUGAGCACCCCAGUGUUCAACGAUGGCUUCGAUAUCACUCCCUCUACAGCCCCGGUCCGCCAUGUUCUCUGACCAUCGCCACUCUGAUUCCAUGCACACCUCCGCCCGUCGUCACUCAUCCAGGCGUACACCCUUACCAAACCCUGCCUUCGUCUUUCCCGCACGAGACCCGGACGAUACGCCUCAGAAUGCUCCUGUACCCGAAUCGCAUGCUCGAGUCCCCCCAUCUCUUCCCGCAUUCUCCUUCAAUCCUGGUGGUGGAAAUACAUCCCCGUCGUCCUCACCCUUAUCAUCGAGUCCCAGGGGUAUCGGGCACCGCCGACAGUGCAGUGAGUUCGUUAGGUCGGAGCUACCGGUUGACUCCAGGACAGGGGUCGCUAGUGACAACAAUGACAAGGAUACGCUGCCAGGGCCUGCAAAUCUCGCUGCUCCUGGGCCCGGCUUUAACGCUAGUCGGCAUGUGAAGCGUCACGCACAUCGACGUUCAGGCGCGGUGACGAGUGUAGAUCUCGCUGUUAUUUCGAAAGAUCUUGAUAUGCAGCGCAGCCCAUCAACAUCGGCAGAUGCAAACGUGCUGCAUCCCCCGAAUAAUGCAACAGGCAGCCCGAGGCACCUUCCCAUCACGUCCUUGAACCACCCUACACCCCCCGCUUCUCCUGGAGCAAUAGCAGCUAGUAGGAAUUCAUUAUCAGAUGACAGACCUACCGCUUUCGAAAACGGAACUCCACUUGAGCGCCCCAUUUCAACAGACACUAUUGAAACAUCAGAUAGCUUGUCUACCGUUCGACCAACAAUAACGGCACGAAACACUCCACCGCCCCGACCAAACGAAACAGCUCCUGUUUCAAGGAAGUCCAAAACCAGGCCAAAAACAGCGUAUGCGUCCUUUAUGUUGAAACCAGAUUCAAAUGGUGAAACCUUUACCCAGACCAAAAGGCCAGUCUCUGCAUCUGGUCAUUCGCACCCUCUCCGACUCGCAGCAGCGGGACUCCUGGGUUCAGAUCAUGUGGAGGAUGAUCACUCGCCAAGGCCUUCAACUGAAGGCGACUAUACGGAUACUUCAGACCGUCCCAACUCUUCUGAAUCUGCGUCAUCAUCACACAAGAAGGCUUGCAGGUCUAAGAAGCGACAAAAGAAAGUGCGGUCUUGGGCUGGUGCUAUUUUGACCCGCGGUAAAGGGAAGCGGCAUCACUCUAAAAAGGACACCACGACGGAGGCGACGGAAACGACGGAAACAGCGACAAAACCGGAAGUUGAAGUGCCCGCUCCUGUACUUACAAGAACUAAUUCAGAUAUGGGGUCAGGUUUGGAUGUGGACUUCGACGAUGAUAAUAUCGUCAUUCUACGAACUCCUACGGAUCCGAAUGCUCCGGAGCCGAGUUCUGAUCAGCUUGACACGAACACAUCCUCUUUCGAUGCGUCAUGGAAGCCGAAAAGCUUCUAUGAACAAACAGAGCAAGAAAGCGGUUUGAGUCCUAUUAUCGACCUGGAUGCCGCUUUAGGGCCUUUUAACACCCCGGAGCGCACCCCGAUGACUGGUACUGGUUUCUCGAUUGCCAGCAGGCGAAUGUACAGUGGUGGACGGCGGGGCGAGUUUGUAGGUCCGGAGAUGCGGUAUCACCGUCGUACAGAAAGUGCGCCUGAAAUGCCUCCUGAUCGCAGUACCCUGCAUAGUCUUCGCUUCGCCGGAACCUCUAGUAUGGUCGACCCGGAUGUCCUCUAUGAAGAAGAGGAAGAGGAUGCGUUUUCAGCGUCUGGCAGCCAUUCUCUGAAAGCGGGCCGCAAUUCGCCAGUGAACCAGAGCGCCAAUUUGGGAAGUACAGGCAAUGUUGAUCGUUCUGAUAACCGAUCGGUCAGUACGAACGAUACAUCGUCCACUCUGACGCGACCGGCGGUGGGCUCCGAUACCACGCCUCAAAACGAAACUUCGGAGGCCAAGGGCAGUUCCUCCCUAGAAUCGCCAGCUGAAGAGACGAAUCCUUCCGAACCGUCCGUUAUGGUGGACCCGGCCAAAAAUGCAGUGGAGUUCUCAGAUCGAAACCGCAGAUCGGAAGAUUUGGUCAAACGAGACGGCCGGCCAUCUAAGACCAUAGAAGCACAAAGUCCUGACAUCUCUCCUCGUUUUAUCCCCUUCGACAAGCAAAUGAGACCUUCCACCGACCUUCCCCACAAUCUCUCCCAGCUGUCCCUCCAAGCAGGCACUUUGCUUCACGGCUCCUCUCCUGACCUUGGCAGCUAUUCUUGUGACACCCCGCGGUCUAUUGCGACACCUCCCACGGAUCGACAGUUUCUCCCGAGCGCUUCGUCUAACGAGGGCUUUGCGGACUUUUCUCAUCCUUCAGUUGAGGAUGUGUCUUCAUUGACCAGCAGUGCGUCAACAAUGACGAAUAAUAUGCAUCGGUUUUCGCCUAGCUUCUUUCCUCGUAUUUCAACUGAUCGUUCGCGACCGUUCCCUUCACGUCGUGAUUCCAGCCAGUCCCACAGGUCGAAGAGAUCUAGUCUUGUCAGCUUGUCCAAACUGGUUGGUCAUCACGCCGAAAAGAGCAAGCUUAGUCACGAAGAAAAGCCACCAGGGGAGGCGCCGGAGAAAACGAAGAAAGGACGCCGAGUCAGUCGUCUUAUGCAGUUUUGGAAAACGGAUAAAGAAAAGUCCCGUCAUGAUUCAGCGCAGGGGUAGCAAACAUGAUGAAAACCUGGAGUUUAUAUGCGGGAUCUUUUUUAUUUCCUAUCAUCUCUCUUCAGCUGUGAUGAUCUCUUGCGCAUACUUCUUCUCUCAAAUAUUUCUUUUUAUCUUACUUUAUUCUUUUCAGGUACGGAUGGGCCGGAAUAAACUACUGCAUUUAAGCUAGUUUUAUGUGCGGUUUGCCGUUUCUCCCGUUUACCAAUGCGUCUUGAGGAUCUCGCUUCUUGAUAUACUUCAUACUUGUACAUAGCGAUUUGACAUCAGAGGGUGCUGGCUCUGGGUUUUUUGUUUCUCUUUUUUUUUUCCCUCCUCCCUUUUUUUGUUUUUCAACGGCUGCUGAGAUAGUCCUAUGUCCCUGCAGAUGUAAGAGUCAUGGAGGUUCCUUUUCCUAGUGUUCGUGCCCAUUAGCAUUGUCUUGUUUCUUUCUCAUGUCGCUCAUUCAAUAAUGUUAAUGCUCCAGCAUUCUCCAUAUUCUAUUUCACCUCCGUUUCCACUUUAUCUUUGCUCUUGUCCCUCUCUCACCUUCGGGCAUUCAUCAAUCGGGAGAUCUUGUUUUACAGUUUACGGUGGCUAUUUUUUUUUCAAUCCCAUACGUUGAUGGGCUUCAUUCACUUGAUUUGGGGGUUUCAGACCUGAAUGCGUCAAUCGGAUGUACUUAGUUGGCACACUGGAAUAUCAUCAGUUGCGAAACUGUGCUAAGCGUGUAGGAAUCCGAGAAGUACUGUAGACUGGAAGGCGCGUUUGGCGGUAGUUCUACUAUCCGUGAAUACAGAGCUAUCUUGUAUGAUAACAAAUAAGGAAAAGAAAAACAGAGAAACUGGCUAUUGUUUUGGAUUUUUGAGACGAGAUCAAUUAAUGUUGUUGA